AUGAAGGAGACAGUAGUGAGAGAGUCUGAAGAGAACCUGACAGAGAACCUGACAGAGAACCUGACAGAGAACCUGACAGAGAACCUGACAGAGAACCUGACAGAGAACCUGACUGAGAACCUGACAGAGAACCUGACAGAGAACCUGACAGAGAACCUGACAGAGAACCUGACAGAGAACCUGACAGAGAACCUGACAGAGAACCUGACAGAGAACCUGACAGAGAACCUGACUGAGAACCUGACAGAGAACCUGACAGAGAACCUGACAGAGAACCUGACAGAGAACCUGACAGAGAACCUGACAGAGAACCUGACAGAGAACCUGACAGAGAACCUGACAGAGAACCUGACAGAGAACCUGACAGAGAACCUGACAGAGAACCUGACAGAGAACCUGACAGAGAACCUGACAGAGAACCUGACAGAGAACCUGACAGAGAACCUGACAGAGAACCUGACAGAGAACCUGACAGAGAACCUGACAGAGAACCUGACAGAGAACCUGACAGAGAACCUGACAGAGAACCUGACAGAGAACCUGACAGAGAACCCUGACAGAGAACCUGAACAGAGAACCUGA